AUGUCAUCACUGGUGAAAAAGUCUAAGGAUACAUAUGAUUUAUUGAUGAAAGUUUUGCUUAUUGGAAAUUCUGGAGUUGGGAAAACCUAAAUAUUAUUGAGAUAUACAGAAAAUCAAUUUAAAACUUCAUUUCUUAGUACAAUAGGUAUUUUUCUAAUUUUUCUAAUCUAUAAGGAAUCGAUUUUAAAAUCAAAAAAAUAUCAGUGGAUGAGAAGGUCAUUAAAAUGUAAAUUUGGGAUACUGCUGGUUAAGAACGUUAUUAAACUAUUACUUAAACAUAUUACAAAGGGGCUAUGGGAAUUAUACUAGUAUUUGCAGUAAAUGAUUAAGAAUCUUUUCAUGAUAUUGAGAAAUGGAUGAAUCAAAUUAAAUAACAUGCAAGUGACAAUAUCAUAAAAGUAUUAAUAGGUUAAUUUAGAAUAUUAUUAUGAUAUUUAGGAAACAAAACAGAUUUGCCAGAUAGAUGUAUAACUUAUGAAUAAGCUAUGAAGAUGGCAUAAAAAUAUAAUAUACCUUAUUUUGAAACAAGUGCAAAGGAAGGAACUAAUAUUAAUGAUACAUUUUAAUAAAUUGCCAAAUAAAUUAAAGAAUAAAUUGAAAAACUUCCAUAAUAAUCAAAUAAUACUUUUAAUAAGUUAAAUCCAUCUGCUAAUUAAGUUUAAGAAAAAUAAGAUUCUUCAUGCUGUUGA